AAACUCAGUUCAGAAGAGAGUUUUAAAAUAUGUUAAGAAUUAUCAUCCACCCCUUUUGGAUUCUUGUUUUGUUUUUAGUUAAGUUGUGGAAGAAAAAAAAGGUAGGAGAAAUGAUCAACACGUCACCCAAACAACGUGACGUACCGAACAGUUUGGUAACCUGUGACGUCUUCAGGGACCACCGGACAAAUCACUGCGGUUCAAACUUAAUAUCGCUCUCUUGCUGUCAUUACUACCACAGAACGUGAUUAUAUAUACUUAAAAACAAAAAUCAUCUACGUUCAUUUAAAAAAACAAACUUCUUCUAAAAGUGAAAUUAUCUAAUCAUUUUUCUUUUUUAGCAGAAACUUAAGACGAAGUGUAAAUGCAGUGUUUAUGUUAUAGUCCGGAUAUAUUAAAAACAGAUGUAUGUUUUAUCCUUUAAUGAACACAUUAAGAGCUUUAAACAUGUAUAUUUGUGUAGUUUAGAUUCAGCACGUUAAAUAGUUAUUUACCCAAUUAUGCGACUUUGCUGCAAGAUGACUUGCUGUAAUAUUUAUAGGAUUUCUGGAGAAGUUUGAAUUUUUCUUUUGCAUUUCAUUGACUGUCACAUUGUCUAAAAGGUAUAUCCAUCUGUUUGUCCACGAUCAUCCAUCUAUCCAAUUAAGUAUCAAAUUUCUGCUGUUAGCUCAAAGUGAAUUUUGUUUUUAUAUUUUAAAAAUUACCCCAAAAAGGCCUGAGAGAUUUUUAAAUUUGUGCCUGAAAACAUAAAGAAGAUUGACAAGGCAAGACCCUAUAAGAACAUAUUUUCUAAAACGCUUUACAUGACUAGAAAGAAAAAUAAAACAACAAUAAAAUCACAUUGCAAUGACAAAAUGCAAGGAUAAACAAUGAUGUACAUCAUAAAGUGAACAUCAUCAUAAAGUAGACUUUAUGAUGUUCCAGGUAUUAUUAAUCAAAGGCAUCUCUAAGCAAAAUGGAUUUAGCCUUGAUUUAAAAAACUGUGUUUAAUCAGUUUUGCAGUUUUCUAUAAGUGUGUUCCAGAUUAGUGAAGUAUAAAAACUGAAUGGUGCUUUUAUCAUUGUAUUUGAUUAAAAGUAUAGGAAGAUGUUUAUUUCCUUUGUGGAUUCUAAUUCAUUUCAUGAAGCAAAAAAUAAAUAAAUACAAGCUUUACAGGCAUAAAAGUGCUGUCCAUUGCUUCACAUAAUCCUGUCUAUGCUUCCUCUUCCAGGAGCUGGAGCAGAUCUUGACAUGGCUGACUGAGGAAGGUUUUGCACCUGAGGCCUCCGGCGUACCUUCCUUCACACACGAAGCUGUCUGGACAGUGUGACUAAGGAUCUGGGAACAAAACGCUUGCAACAUUUUGCAGAGAUGGCAGAGGUACGCAAGUCCUUGGAGCAGAUCAAAAUCUUCACAGAGCAGAAAGACGUUUUGGCUCAGGAGAUACAAGAUGAGAACGAACAACUCAGAAAGCAGCUGCUGCACCUCGUUUCACUGCAAGAUUCCCAGAUAAAUGAAGUUGCUAAAAUGUUGUACCAGCAGGGUCUCACUGAGCUGAUUCACAGCUCCCCCAGUGAGCAGGUGGCGUAUCUCCUGGUGGAGAGGGCUUCCCUGCUUGAGAUGAAUCAGGAUCCUGGUGAUGGAGACCCAGAGAGUCGACUGAGGACCCACGCAGAACCACUGAACCCCGUCAUAUGUGCGCCCACCCACAAGAGGUCCCCACGACCUUUACAAAGCUCCUGGAAGAAAAUAUUUGGACUCCAUAAGACUUUGCAGAGCAAGCACACCUUCGUACCUGGUGGGGAGACACCUUUGGCCGGUGAACCAAGACGUUUGGAGAAGGAGUGUUCCCGACUGGAGCGGGAUGUGGAAGAAGGUUCCCGCAGGUUGGCCAUGGCCCACAACGAGAUCCGGCAUUUGAAAGAUGAACUGGAGUCUGCUCAGAAUUGGUCUCUGCUCGGAUCAGACCUCUCUGCUCGCAUGCAAAUUCUUUUCUGCUCUUUUGGAAGAAAAAGUACCGUUGCCUGGCAACCUCUCAGCCAAUAGAAUAAAAGUGUUGUACUGGG